AUGCUGCCGUCGCACCUCAACGGCCACUCCGCCCUAGGGCGGCGCCGCCCGCGCCUCUCCGCCGCCGCCGCCUCAGGAGAUUCCGCGGCAGCGGGGGUAGGGGCGGCGGCUCCGCUGGAGGAGCACGACCGCAUCUACUUCCAGUCCUACUCCCACCUCGGCAUCCACGAGGCUAUGAUCAAGGACCGCGUCAGGACUGAUGCUUACCACACAGCGAUCAUGUGCCACCAGAAAUUUAUCGAGGGGAAGGUUGUGCUGGAUGUGGGGUGUGGGACUGGAAUACUCUCUGUGUUCUGUGCUCGUGCUGGUGCAAAGCGAGUGUAUGCUAUUGAAGCUAGUGAAAUUGCUGUCCAGGCUCGUGAAAUUGUAAAAGCAAACAACCUAAUUGAUCAGGUUGUGGUCAUCCAUGGACGUGUUGAGGAUGUCGACCUUGAGGAGAAGGUUGAUGUGAUAAUAUCAGAAUGGAUGGGCUAUAUGCUUCUCUAUGAGAGUAUGCUGCCAAGUGUCCUAUUUGCAAGAGAUAAAUGGCUUAAACCUGGGGGUCUUAUUCUUCCUUCUCAUGCUACGCUCUUCAUGGCUCCCAUAACAAAUCCCGAGAGAUACGAAGGCAGUGUUGAUUUCUGGCAUGAUGUCUAUGGCAUAAACAUGUCUGCUCUUGUGCCACUUGCCAAAAAGUUUACAUCUGAGGAACCUUCCAUUGAAACAAUUGGCGGAGAGAACGUUAUAAGUUGGCCAGCUGUGUUCAAGCACAUCGAUUGCUAUAAUUUUACAGCUGAGGAAUUCAAAUCUAUCACCACGAAAUACAAAGUUUCGUCAAUGAUGUUAGCUCCUAUUCAUGGCUUUGGUUUCUGGUUUGAGGUGGAGUUCAAUGGGCCUGCAGAGUCCUCUCAUAAUUUUCCUUCCAAUUUGGAUCCACUUGAGAUUAUUCAGAAGAAAAGGAGACGAUCAUCAGAAGAUACAGUUUUGUCCACAGCCCCAGAGGAUGAGCCAACCCAUUGGCAACAGACUAUUUUGUAUUUCCCAGAUCCUAUAGAGGUGAAGCAGGACCAAAUUAUAGAAGGUUCUGUAACAGUGUCCCAGAGCGAGGAGAACCCACGUUUUCUGAAUAUUCAUCUAGAGUGCACAUCAAUUAGAACUCUUGCUUCACUCCCUUAUGCUCUCGUCUUGGUACAACAGCACAGGAGGACAGACAUUGGUGAAGGACUGCGCCAUGCGAUGAACUGGUGUUUUUAUACUUUUAUAGUGGCUGGAGUUCCCUGCCAAAGAUCAUACAGCUUGCAAAAGGGCAUUGGCAGUGAGGAGCUGAAGACAGGAUUUCAGAUUUCUUUAAUGGAAGCAGAGUUUUUACUAUUUAUGCAAAUUUUCGUCUAA